CAGUCCUCUGAACCUUUUAUAUAGAUCGAGCCAUUGCUGAGCUUAGCAUCAUCCAUAGUUUCCUCUCGUUGUGUUCUUGCGAAUCUAGUAUUCUGUCAAUGGAUCCGUGUACAAUAAGCCGAUGCUCUGGAUUCAUAUAAUGAAGGAAGCAUGGUAGUGCGCACGGAGAAUGAAUCCUUAGAGUCGUCAUGUCUGCUCUCUCUGACGCCCUUCUAGGGUUUAUGAUUAGAGGGCCUGGAUUAGACUCACAUUUCAUCUUCUCAAACUCAUCUGCAGAGUAUUUCUAAAUCAGUUUAAAUUGUUGAUACUUAACCUAGUUUCUGGUAAGAUCGGUUGAUCUGCAUAAUCUCACAGCAUUAAUUUCGUGAAUUUGAUUGAUGUUCACUCAUAUCUUGUGCGUUUUAAUCUGUUAAGUCUUAAAUUUAUGUAUCUAAAUAGGAUUGAAUGUUAGCUUUUUAAACACCAUCGAAGUUAGAGCUUUGUUUGCAUAACUAAUUUUAUAGUUGGAGAAUUAAUUUGUUGGAAGUUUAUUUUUGAAUUAUGUUCAGGUGUAGAAUGGGCCAAAUUUGUUGUGUAUAAUGUCAUAUUGCGACGUUUCAACAAAAAUUUUAUGUUCAAUGCACUUAUUGGUUGGAAAAAUGGUUCCAACAAUAUUCUGAGUGAAAUCAGCCAUUUAGCAACCUCGUGUGGUGUUUGAAUCAUGAUUUUUCGGCGGUGAUGGAGAGAUGGACGCUCCGGCAUCCCUGCUCAACACCCACGUCAAGCUGCUAGCCCUUGAUCUGCUGGCUGUUGUGUCGAAUCCUGUAGAUCAAACCUCGUUCUCCCGCAAUGGCGUUCGUUUGUGUCGGGUGGAGACUAUGGGCGUGAUUGUAAGCCGGGAGUUCAAGCCAGGAAGGUUUUUGAAAUUCUCUAUUGAUGAUACUACUGGUUGCAUCCCCUGUGUGCUUUGGCUUAACCAGUUCAGCUCUCCGUAUUUCUCUCGCAGAAGCCCAGCAGAUGUUCGAGCAAUUGCCGAUAUGGCUGCUAAGUUUGCCUCCGAAGUCCAACUCGGCGUCCUCGCUAGAGUCCGUGGAAAGAUCGCUGGUUACCGCGGAUCCCUACAGAUAACUGUAGCUGACGUCAUCGUGGAGAGAGAUCCUAAUUUUGAGAUCCUCCAUUGGCUAGAUUGCGUGAAGCUAUCUCGUAAUUGUUACAAUGUUAGUACAACCAAAAAAUCUGGGGACCAGAACUGUUAGGCGUGUAUGUCGCCACGUACAAUGGACUUGCAUUUGGUUUUGUUAACUGGCAAUAGAUCAACAAAAAUACAUGUCAUCAAAAAUAGUAUUCAAGCUAAAAACGUAUUGCCAUUUUGGUAAACCUAUUUGAUGGAGCAACUCGGGUGACACAAUCUUAGUGGGACUGUAUAACAAAACAUAUGUUAUGUUGUAAUUUUCGUUUUCAAAACACGUGAGGCACACAUUUUAACAACUCCACUGAUAUCAUUUGGUGAGGAAUCGAUUUGGAUUGGCAUCUAAUUCAUCAUUUGAUAUUAUUUCGUA